CUGAUUUUCCCUCGUUUCACUUCGCUCAUAACCUCGAAUUUCGCCGACAACAAUAAAAUUUGUUUAUUGUUUUUUUUUCAGAAUAAUAACAAAAUUAGGGAGAAAGUUAUCGUGAAGGUGCAGACAUGAGACUAGAAGUCUUUACAAUUAUUUGUGUGUUAUUAUCUGUUAAUGGGGAGGAGAAAAAGGUGAAAUCAUGGAAGGAUAAGGAUAUUAGGGACAUGACGGAUGCUGACAUGGAGAGGCUGUUGGAUCAGUGGGAGGAGAAUGAGGAGCCUCUCGAGGAUGACGAACUGCCGGAACACCUGCGGCCAGCUCCACAGAUUGAUUUUUCACAGAUUGAUCCAACGAAUCCUGACAAUCUCCUCCGAGUCACGAAACAAGGAAAGAACGUCAUGAUGUUCGUGGACGUUCGAGACGAACUUUCCGAGACUGAAGCGGAGACUAUAAUGAAAAUUUGGCAGGGGAGUUUACAAAAUAAUCACAUUAACACAGAGAGGUACCCAAUCGAGUCCAAACGCUCGAUAUUCAUGUUUCGAGAGGGAUCACAGGCGGUGGAUGCUAAAAAUUAUUUGAUAGAACAACCAGAAUUGAAGCAUGUUACUCUCGAGGGCAAUAACUUCCAAGGGAAACAUGUCGACAAGGAAUACAAAAGUGCAGACAAGAAGAGAAAAUCGGAAAAUACUGAGUUAUGAUUCGAAAUUAUGACGUGGAAUUUGAAGGCUGUGCCAGCAAUAUUUCUCUAUCAAUUAAUUAAUCAAUGAAUUCCAUAUUUUUCAUAACAAAUCUCUUUUAUUUCGUCCAUUUCUCUCGAGUCAAAAUGUUGUAUUGUUUUUUUUUUUUGGACGCAUCGAAUAAAGAAAAUUAAU